UCUACCAUUCUUUCUUCGUCAUUUUAAUAGAAAAAAAAACAUGUCAAAUCUUCUGCGAACAUUAACUUCAGCAUCUACAUCCUCCUCCUCCCUUGUAUAUCUCCCUGUAGCUUUUGCCGUCGCUACCCUCUCUUCUUCGUCUUCAGAUUCUCACAAUCUUUCUCUUUCUAAGACCUUCAAAUUCCCUUCCCUUUCGACAUCCUUCCUUAAACCCAAUCGUUUUGCCUUCUCCAACAACUCCUCCACUUCUUCUUCUUCUUCUUCUUUUUCUCCUCCUGUUAAAUCAUCCCUUCAAAUGGAUACAAUUUCAGCACCUGCCAAUGUUUUGCCUGAAUUACUGACAGAAUUCAUGGUGGAUAUGAAAUGUGAGGGUUGUGUUAAGGCUGUUAAGAAUAAGUUAGUUACAGUUGAUGGAGUGAAAGGAGUUGAGGUUGAUUUGAGUAAUCAAGUUGUUAGAGUUCUUGGUUCUUCUUCUGUUAAGAAAAUGGCUGAUGCUUUGGAAGAGACGGGAAAGAAAGCUAGAUUAAUCGGUCAAGGGAGCCCUGAAGACUUCUUAGUUUCAGCUGUUGUUGCUGAGUUUAAAGGUCCAGAUAUUUUUGGCGUGGUACGCGUGGCCCAAGUGAGCAUGGAAUUAGCAAGAAUUGAAGCACACUUCAGUGGAUUAUCACCUGGAAAACAUGGAUGGACUAUUAAUGAGUUCGGGGAUUUGACUAGAGGAGCGGCAAGUACUGGGAAAAUCUUCAAUCCAAUAAAAUCUACAGGACAGCCGCUUGGCGACCUGGGAACACUAGAUGCUCUUGGAAAUGGUGAAGCAUCCUACACUGACGCUAAGCAGAUGCUUAGAGUUGCUGACCUCAUUGGCCGAGCCAUUGUGGUGUAUGAAACUGAAGAUAAAUCAGACUCGGGUAUUGCUGCUGCAGUGAUUGCUAGAAGUGCAGGAGUGGGAGAGAACUAUAAAAAACUCUGCACUUGUGAUGGAACUACAAUUUGGGAAGCCGACAACACCAGUUUUACUUCGAGCAAGGUCUGAUAUUUUGUAUGUAAACCAGUUCAACUCUUGAGUUUGCUUAUAAUUUUUGUCAUAGAUCUGGAUGUUUAUGUGUAGUAAUCUGCAGCUGUAUUUUUCUAUUCUUCAACACUAUAAGAGUGCAUAUAAGAAAUAGGAGAAGAAUAAGCCUCCGUUAAAUAAAAUAAAAUGACUACAAAAAGUCGUUCUGAUACAA